GUCUUGUCCACUCAGACGUCGCCAACAUGUUCAAGCUUGUGCUGAUCGUCGUCGUGGCCGCCUGCUGCGUGAGCGCCGCCCCCAAGGCCGGCCUCGCCCCAGUGGCCUACUCCGCGCCCCUGGUUGCCGCCGCCCCCGUGGCCUACGCCGCCCCCGCUCCUGCCGUCGUGACGGCGCACAGCUCGCAGUACAUCGCGCAGAACUUCAACGGACUCGCCGUGGCCCCCGCCGCCCCCGUCGUUGCCGCUGCCCCUGCAGUCGCUGCCGCGUACCACGCAGCUCCCGCCUUUUAUUACAAAUAAACAGUCCUUGAUUGACACACCUAUAUUUAACAAAAAAAUAAAAUCAGCUUAUUAGCAAUAACGACUGAUUUAUUGUCUUCCAUCUGAAUUAAAAAAAGAACAAACAUGAUAUUCCCUGCAUAUCCAUUCACUCUUUAUUGCAAUAAAAUCACACUUAAUAAUAAUAUAAAGACUAAGAUAUCAUACCAAGAACAUGGAAAGCUUCUCAUUUUGAUCUACAGAUGUCUUUGGGUUUUAGAUGAUGUAUAUAAUAAUAAUAAUUUUCCUGAUCUGGGAAUAAAAAUCAUGUCAGGAAGUCAA